CGGAUCGCGCGCAGUUUCCCUCACGUCCCCCUCUCGGUUCCCCCGCCGCGCACCAGUCACGCGCCGCGCACCAGAUGACCCCCGCUAACGUGCGCGCGGGCGCGGCGCAGGAGCCCAGCGCCGACCGCAGGUUAAGUACGCUGGUGCGCCACCUGCUGCCUUCCUCCCCACGAAGAACAGCAGCAGACACCUCCGCCACCCUCGAAUCGUUCCCCACCAUGGCGUCUCAGGGAUCCUCCGCCUUCGCAGCCCUCGCGCAGGCCCCGGAGGACCCCAUCCUCGGGGUGACGGUCGCGUACAACAAGGAUCCCAGUCCCGUUAAGGUCAACCUCGGCGUCGGCGCCUACCGGACCGAGGAAGGGAAGCCCCUCGUGUUGAAUGUGGUCAGGCGCGCCGAGCAGAUGCUGAUCAAUAAUCCGUCACGUGUUAAGGAGUACUUACCAAUCACUGGGUUGGCUGAAUUCAAUAAGCUGAGCGCUAAGCUUAUCUUUGGUGCUGACAGUCCUGCUAUUAAGGAGAACAGGGUUGCUACAGUGCAAUGCUUGUCAGGAACUGGUUCUUUAAGAGUGGGAGGUGAAUUUCUUGCAAGGCACUAUCAUGAACGCACUAUCUACAUCCCACAACCAACGUGGGGAAAUCACCCAAAAGUCUUCACCUUAUCUGGCUUGGCCGUUAGGAGUUACCGCUACUAUGAUCCUGCAACCCGUGGUCUUGACUUCAAAGGACUGUUAGAAGACCUCAGUUCUGCUCCUUCAGGUUCAAUUGUACUGCUUCAUGCUUGUGCCCACAACCCUACCGGAGUAGAUCCAACCAUCGAUCAGUGGGAACAGAUUAGGCAGCUGAUGAGAUCAAAAUCAUUGCUUCCGUUUUUUGACAGUGCUUAUCAAGGCUUUGCUAGUGGAAAUCUCGAUAAAGAUGCCCAGUCAGUGCGUAUGUUUGUUGCUGAUGGUGGUGAAUUGCUCAUGGCUCAGAGCUACGCUAAGAACAUGGGAUUGUAUGGAGAGCGUGUCGGUGCUUUAAGCAUUGUUUGUGGAACCGCGGAUGUAGCUGUUAGGGUUGAAAGUCAACUCAAACUUGUGAUUAGGCCUAUGUAUUCAAAUCCUCCUCUUCAUGGUGCCUCUAUCGUGGCUACCAUAUUUAAGGACAGCGAGAUGUUCAACGAAUGGACAGUGGAACUGAAGGCCAUGGCUGGUAGAAUAAUUAGCAUGAGGCAACAGCUUUUUGAUGCACUGAAAGUCAGAGGAACGCCUGGAGAUUGGAGCCACAUUAUUAAGCAGAUUGGGAUGUUUACAUUCACUGGGCUCAAUAGCGAGCAAGUGGCCUUCAUGAGGCAAGAGUACCACAUUUACAUGACAGCCGAUGGGAGGAUCAGUAUGGCUGGUUUGAACGCCAGGACUGUGCCCCAUCUUGCAGAUGCCAUACACUCUGCAGUGACUCAACUAAAGUGAAUGAUAGUAUCGCACCUUCCGCGAAUAAAAUCUGAAUCACCUACAGCAGUGUCCCAUGGAUUCAGCUGGUGUAUUCAUUGGCUGACCUCCUCUCCUGUAAUUUUCCUUGUAAUACACAUGUUUGACUCUGUUAUUGGGGCAGUUUUGUACAAACGAGGUUCGAAGAUUAUGGUGCUUCCGGAUCUUCUAAUAAGAUGCACAUGCAAUGCUUUACUCCGCAGUGCUAAAUAUUUAUUCUGCAGCGGUCUGUAAUAUUAGUGAUUUAUUUUGUGGAGCUACUCUUUGGCAGCUGUAUCUUUCCUCAGUUCAGAGGUUUGCUAAUUCGUUUUUCAGUUGUGUUAACUAGUACA